CUGAGCACCGAGCUGGCAGUUGGGCAGAAAUCAGAGUACAAACCAGCAGCGCGACCGAGAUGACCCACUUUUCGGUUUUCGCACUGAGACCCAACUGCUACCCACAGAAAGUGGACAACUAGGCGGAGUUUUUUCUAUAUUAUAUAGUAGCAGGCAAACCGAUCGCGUUCAAUCGGUUAUUAUGUACAGCCUACGUAGCCUAGUGUAAAAUCUAUGCAUUUAUGUGAAUUUCCCAGCGCAAACGUGGAAGAGGAAAACAGGCGACCUGAAAAAGCAGCAGCAGCAGCAGCAGCGAGCAAGAAGCAGAAGCACAAGCAGCAAAAAAGUCGUCCGAGGGGCAGCCACAGCAUGCCGUACGAGUCGAUGCACCAUCAUCAGUCGGCGGCCGCUGCCGUGGCCGCUGGCACCGCCCCCAACGGAAUGCUGGACUCCCUCAGCCUGCAGCUGCGGGACGCGGAGAUGCGGCGCACGGAGAUCGAGCGGGCGCAUCAGGAAACCCUGGCACAAAUACGCAAUAUGAGCGGAAGCGCACGUCCCGAUGCCGAGGCGGUGGAGAAUCUGCAGUCGAGGGCCCGGGAACUGGAAAAGAAGGUUGCGCUGGAAAACGUGCGCUGCGAGGAGCUGCAAAUCGAACUGACCUCGGCUCUGAAGGCCAAACAGGCAUCCCGCUCGGUCUGCUCCGGAAUGGGCAGCAUGUCCUCCGGAGCCGGCGCCACCAUUCCUACAUCGGCCAGCAGCUCCACCGUCACUUGGGCACCGACAAUCAGCCACCAGGACCAAGGCUCCGAGAUCGAUAUCAUAAUGGCAAAGAUUGAGCAGGAUAAUCGCGUGCUGGCCGAGCUGGAGCAGCCACGCACCUCGGCCAGCGCCAGCAUGUCAGCAUUGCCGCCCAGUUCCAUGAUGAGCACGGUAAAUAGCGAAUUUAGAACCAUAUCAAAGAGUGAACUCGAAGAAGAACUGAACCGUUACAAAAGGGCCGUUCUGGGCGGCGGGGGCGGAAGUGGGGGCGGCAUAUCGGCCCUCUCCUCCGGCUACUCGAGCCUCCCACAGUCGCUGGCCUCCACGCUGCCCAACGGAGGGGGCGGGGCCAGCACCAGCCUGAGCGGCACCAGCCUUGGCUCGCACAGCGUGGCCGCCGCUGCUGCCCUCGCCGCCUCCUCCUCGGCGGGAUCGGGGUGCCUAGGAGGAGGAGGAGGUGGGGGAGGAGGUGGUAUCGGGGGCGGGGGCGGCCUAUCAUCCAUAUCGGCCCUGGUGCCCAACUCAAUCAGUGGCAUAUCCUCCAGUCUGAGCAGCCAUGCCAUACAAUCCAUGCAGUACGGCACCGGACAGACGUCCGUGGAGAAGCUGCUGAGCGGAACUAGUGGAAUCACUGGCAUUCCACCCCUGCCGGUAAAUAUUCACACGAUGAAGGCUAUGCCAACGGCAUUAAGUCAGCGCGGAACAAUACAGCUGUACAAUUUGCAGAGCACAACCAUGCCCCUCCUGUCACUCAACUCGCAUAACCUGCCUCCUGGUGGCUCCACCAGCUACUCGGGACUGGGCGCCGGCGGCGGCUCCUCGCUGACGCAUCCCUCGAUGGCCAAUCUGGGCCUGCUGGACACCGGUGCCCUGCUGGGAGUGGGUGCCUCCGGCCUGGGAGGAUUGGGUGGAAUGGGACCCGGUGGCGGUGGCAUCACCGGAGCGACCUCACUAUACGGAUUGAGCGGCGGCGGAGGAGCCGGUGGCCUGGGCAGCACCUAUGGUCCGCCCUUCCUGGACGUCGCCUCGAGCGCCUCGUACCCAUUCACCGCCGCUGCCCUGCGACAGGCCUCCAAGAUGAAGAUGCUGGACGAGAUCGACAUUCCGCUGACGCGGUACAACCGCAGCUCGCCCUGCUCACCCAUCCCGCCCAGCAAUUGGGGACUGGACGAGUUCACCGACGGCCUCAGCGUCUCCAUGAUGCACAACCGCGGCGGCCUGGCACUGGGUGCCCUGGAUCUGGACACUCGCAAUCAUGGCCUGAAUGGAGCCAGCGAACCGCAGGUGGAUAUGCUCGAUAUUCCCGGAAAGGGACGCUGCUGCGUGUUCAUAGCCCGAUUUCCCUACGAUCCUCCAGAUGUGCAUAAUGAAUUCUCUUCCAUGCCUUGCAGGGAGGCUGAGGGCGAGCUCUCCCUGUGCGCCGGCGACUAUCUGCUGGUGUGGACCAGCGGGGAGCCCCAAGGUGGCUACCUGGAUGCGGAGCUGCUGGACGGGCGACGUGGCCUCGUUCCGGCCUCCUUUGUGCAGCGCUUAGUGGGCGACGACCUCCUGGAGUUCCACCAGGCGGUGCUGUCCACACUGCGCGAUGCCGAAGAUGGGUCGAUGCAGUGCGACACCACAUCGCUGCCCUCCUUGCCGCCGCACAACCCAUUGCUCACACACACCCACGAGGAUCUGGCCCGUUUGAGUGAGACGCACACCGAUCUGGAGCACGACCAGGACGACAUCAGCGACAAUGUUCCAGCACCCAAGCACUUGACGCUGGAACGGCAGCUGAACAAGAGCGUGCUCAUUGGCUGGUCGCCGCCGGAGCCAGUGGGCUACAACCUCAUCGACAGCUACCACGUCUACGUGGACGGCGUGCUCAAGGUCACCGUGAAGGCCAACGAACGCACACGCGCCUUGAUCGAGGGCGUUGACUCCACGCGGCCGCACCGCAUCAGCGUGCGGAGCGUGACCCAGAACCGGCAGACCUCUAGGGAUGCCGCCUGCACGAUGAUCAUCGGGCGGGACACCGCCCACCUGGGCCCCUCGGCGGUGCGCGCCUCGCACAUAACCUGUUCCUCGGCGGUCAUCUCAUGGCUGCCGGCCAACUCGAACCACCAGCACGUGGUGUGUGUGAACAAUGUGGAGGUGCGCACCGUCAAGCCGGGCAUGUACAGGCACACGAUCACGGGCUUGGCGCCGAGCACCCAAUACCGGGUGACCGUGCGGGCCAAGCACCUGCGGGCCGUGGGCCAACAUGCAACCAAUCCGAUGGGCCAGACAGGAGUCACCGGCAGGCCGGGUCAGGAGGAGGCGCCCGGAGCGUAUGCCGACUUCCGAACCCUGACCAAGGGCCUACCCGAUCCGCCGCAGGAGAUACAGCUGGAGGCCGGCCCGCAGGACGGUACCAUUCUGGUGACAUGGCAGCCGGUUAACAGGCCCACCUCGACGGGGCCUGUAACCGGCUAUGCUGUGUACGCCGAUGGUAAGAAGGUCACCGACAUCAACUCGCCCACCGGCGACCACGCCCUCAUCGACAUUGGCAAGUUGGGCGUCUUCAAUCCGCGCGCCGUCACCAUCCGCACCAAAUCUAGGGACUCCCAGUCGGCGGACAGUGCGCCCAUCUUGAUACCAAACACCGUUCGCAAUGCCGUGGCCCGAAGGGUUCCGAACCAGAUGGGCAUGGGUCCGCAGUUGCCGCAGGGACCGCAUGGGAUGUCCGGGGUGCAGCAGCAGAUGGGCGGGAUGCCCGGGCAGCAGGGUCAGCAGGGUCAGCACAUGAUGGGCCAGCAGGAUCACGGGCAGUAUGAUCCCAACCAGAUGCAGCAGCAGCAGCAGGGCAUGCAGCCGCAGCCGGGUCAACCGGGUCACCAGCCCGACGCAGGCUCCGGAUUGUUAGGUGGCCUGCUCGGUGGCCUCUUCUCGAAACCCACACAGAGUCAAGUGAACCAGAAUGGCUAUCAACAAGGUGCUACAGGAACGCAAAGGGGCAUGGUCCCGAUACCGGGAAGAGCCCAGGGACCCCAGCAACAACAACAGCAGCAGCAACCCUAUGGACCUCAGGGUCCCAUGGGUGGGCCACGCUUUCGAGGACCAGUUCCUGGCCAGUUGAACAUGCAGGGCCAGCAGAUGCAGGGUCAAAUGCAGGGGCAGAUGCCGGGUCAGAUGCCAGGUCAAAUGCCUGGCCAAAUGCCUGGUCAAAUGCCUGGUCAGAUGCCCGGUCAAAUGCCUGGCCAGAUGAUGGGACCACGAGGACAACUAAACCAACAGCAACAACAGCAGCAGCAAAUGCAGCAGGGCCAGAUGAUGCCCGGCCAGCAGCCAGGACAACCAGGACAGACGGGACAAUCCGGACAGCCGGGACAGCCUGGCCAAAUGCCCGGGGCCCAGAAGAAACCCCGCUACUUUGUGGCCAUGUUCGACUACGACCCAUCCACGAUGAGUCCCAAUCCCGACGGCUGCGACGAAGAGCUGCCCUUCCAGGAGGGCGACACGAUCAAGGUAUUUGGUGAUAAGGAUGCGGAUGGCUUCUAUUGGGGCGAGCUGCGUGGUCGCAGGGGCUAUGUGCCGCACAACAUGGUCUCCGAGGUGGAGGACACCACUGCCUCCAUGACGGCCGGAGGUCAGGCUACCGGUCAAAUGGGCCAGGGUCAGGCAGGCGGAGUGGGUGGGACCGCCCAGGUGAUGCCCGGCCAGGGAGCUCCGCAGCAAAGUAUGAGGAACGUGAGCCGCGAUCGGUGGGGCGACAUCUAUGCCAACAUGCCGGUGAAGCGGAUGAUCGCCCUCUACGACUACGAUCCCCAGGAGUUGAGUCCCAAUGUGGAUGCCGAGCGGCGGGAAAGUCAAGCGGGAAGUGGUCUAAUGGGUGGUAUAUUUGGCAGCUUAGGUUUUAGUCAACAUGUUGUGCCUCCCAUGGCGAAUGAACAGGUGGAAUUGUGUUUCAAGACGGGCGAAAUCAUACUCGUUUACGGUGAUAUGGACGAAGACGGUUUCUACAUGGGCGAGCUGGACGGCGUGCGGGGCCUGGUGCCGUCGAACUUCCUGGCGGACGCGCCCGAGCAGUACAACAACCAGAUGGGGCCGGGCGGAGCGGCCGGCAGAGGCGGGCUGAGCCAGCGGGGCAGGGGUCAGGGGCCAGGAGCGAGGGGUCCGCCGCCCCCGCCACGCGACAACAUGAUGCCCGGAAUGGGCGGGCGCGCACAGCCGGGCAAAAAUGCUCGCCCUGCUUCCCCUACACUGUUAGACAACACGGGCCAUCCUGCCCCCGAUCACCAAACGCAGGGGAUGAUCGGUCGCGUUGGUAAUGUCGGCCUGCAGCAGCAGCAACAGCAACAGCAGCAGCAGCAACUCCAACAGCAGCAGCAGCAAUAUGGUCAGCAACAGACGCAGAUGGGACAGCAGCAACAGCAGCAAAUGGGACAACCUGGAAUGAUGGGUCAGCAGCAGCAGCCGAUGGGUCAGAUGGGUCAAAUGGGUCAGCAGAUGGGUCAGCAGAUGGGACAGCAGCAACAGCAACAGCCGCCGGCGACGACACAGGCCCAAACGGGCGGCCUCUUCUCGGGCGCAACUAGCCUGCUCUCUGGUGCUACCUCGGCUGCCACCGGUGGUCUAUUUGGGUCGAAGCAACCGCCCAAGACGGAUCCAAUGCAACCACAAGGUGGUGUGCAGCCAGUGCAGCAACAAGCAAACGCCUUUGGUGCCCAGGUGCAGGGGGGGAUGCAGCAGCAGGGGAUGCAGCAGCAGGGGAUGCAACAGCAGGGGAUGCAGCAGCCGGGGAUGCAACAGCCGGGGAUGCAACAGCAGGGGAUGCAACAGCAAGGCAUGCAGCAGGGCAUGCAGCAAGGGAUGCAGCCAGGCAUGCAGCAGGGGAUGCAGCCCGGCAUGCAGCAACAGCAGCAACAACAAGUGCCACCGCAAGCCCAGGCUCCACCCCAAGGACCGGGCGCCGGCCUGCUCGGGGGUCUCAAGGGCAUCGCUGCGGCGGCGCCCGGCGGCGAUGUCCUAUCGAAAGGCAAAGAUCUCUUCGGAAAAUUCGGGUUCGGCUUUGGCAAAUAACCCCGGUCAUUCCAUAGGGUCCUGUUAUAUUAUUCGUAGAUUAGACUUAUUAUUACUAUUAUGAUUAUGAUUAUUGCUAUUGAUUACGAUUACUAAGCUAAUAUAUAAAACAAAAGAAAUGGAAAAAAAAAACGGAAAAACAGAAAAAAACACAGAUGAUACUAUAAUGACAGACAAACCAGAAAUGCUAACGUUAAAAGAACCCAUUUAAUACCCCGGUCCGCUGUGAGUCGUUGUUGUUGAUAUGAUAUGAUAUGACAUGACUAAUAGUACUAAUGGUAAUAUUUUUUAUUAAUUAAAUUGAUAGAAAUAUUAUGAGUGAUCGACAGAAUCAGCAGCAACGGUCUCACAGCUCGACCAGAAAAACAAAGCCACAAGCCCAGAUAAAUUGUUGUAAAAUUAUUUAACAAAUUGCCUGCCGGUUUAGGUGACUGCAACUCGAUAAAGAUAAAGAAAAUGAUUCCACUAACCCCACUAAAGGAUAAAGCUCUAUAAUACCAGAUUCACACACACACAUACAGACGCAAUACACACACACACACAUAUAUUAUACAAAUACAAAUACAAAAUACAAGUAAGGGAGGAGAAAUAUAUUAUAUACAUACAUUAUAUUUACAAUUAUUUGUUAACGCACAUUGUUAAAUUUGCUACUGUUGCUGACCAGUUUAUAAAUAAAAACCAAAAAGAAUCGAGGAGGGGAAAGAUAAGAAAUGAGGAGAGAUGAUAAAGCAAACACAUAAGGUAAACUAAACCAAACAUAAACAUACAUAUAUUAUAUGUAUAUAUUUAAAAUAUAUUGAAAACUAAAUUGAGAUACACUAAAAUUACAUUUAUAAAUCAAAACACAACCGAAUGUUAAGCAAUGACGCUGAACAAGGAUACAUACAUUAAAGUAAAUAAAUAAAUCGAUAUGGUACAUAUUUACAUAUAUUCGCAUAUACUAAAUACGAUUUCGCAUUCAAGCCAACCACCAAUCGGGCGCAUUUCCAAGACAAGGCGACCUUGACUUCCAGUCCAGCACAAGAAGAUAUAACUUUCCAGUCCCAUCUAGUCCCCUUAACAACCCAGUGAUAUUCGCAGCCAAGUCCCAAGAACCCCCAUUCCAGAAUCCAAAAUCCCAAUCCCUUCGACUGCUCGACUUAAAACUUCUAUUCUACGCCCCAUUUUUUCAGUGUUUGAUGUCCAUAGAAGCCAUAUGCGAUAAAUAUCAGUGUAACUUAAAGCAAACCAAAGACCAAGAGAGACCUACUCCUACAUACAUAUAAUGGGAUACCCAAAUGGCAAAUACAAAGAAUAUAAUGUACUAAGCACAAGAUAAAAGAUCAUAGCGUUAGACCCAGGAGACAUGUUCACUAAAUUCAGCAAGGAGACUCUUUCACACCUUCUCUAGCAACUUAAGCCGCCCCUUGCUUCUACUUCCUAUCGCUAUCUACCAUCCUACCUACCUAUCUUUCGAUCGUUAUUUUAUUACUACCAACUACCAAUUACGAACUACCAAUUACCGAUAGCUAUAUGCCGCAUACGACCUAUUCUGUUUCUCUCUCUAUCGGGAAACCUUGCUUCUAUCCAUCCGGUUUGAGAACAGAACAGAUCAGCAUACUGUUUCCUAAUGUUUGAAAAUUGCUUUCACUCAGCCCUCUCAAACACACUCAGCAUAAUACACAAAAAAACAAAUACAUCGCGUACCUCUUGCUUUACGAAAAUACAAACAUUUAAUGAAAUGGAAAGUAUAAAGAUAACAAAAA